AUGAAAUACGGAGCUGAUGCAAAGGACUCACAAUUGCAGUCACAGCUGUACUUGGCAGAUGACGCAGAUUCUCCCGGAGAGACUGAUCCUUCGUCUUCAAACAAUGGUUUAUUUGAAAGAAGUAAAUUUACAGCCCAAUCCAAAGUGGUGGACAUGCAGGGACCCAUAUUCCACGAUUUGUUUACAUUGAACCGUUACAUGCUGAAUGGAGUGGAUGUGAAACUAAAACUAUACAGAAACUCUCCAGCGUUUUGUCUAAGUUCGGGCGAAAGCAGUCCGGAUUACAAGAUCGACAUUUUGGAUAUCUAUUUGCUGGCUCGUAAGAUCAGAGUAAAUCCGGCAGUCAUUUACGGUCACGCGGAAAUGAUGAAAAACACGAAUGCAAAAUAUCCCUUUACAAAGACAGAAUGCAGAGUGCAAAGUAUUGCCAACGGGAGUACGACUUUUUCCUGGGAUAAUAUGUUUUCCGGACACAAACCGGAACGAGUAGUGGUAGCCUUUAAUACAUCCAAGGCGGUGACAGGGGACUAUAAAUCAAAUCCUUUCAACUUUUUGAAUUGUGACAUAAAAAGCAUCUGUUUAUAUGCUGACGGGUUGCCUGUAGGUGGGAACCCUUUAAAACUGGACUUUAAUAAAACAACUGGAGCCACAUUCAUGAGAGCUUUUUCCAAUUUGUAUAAUGUAACAGGAACGUGGCAAGAAAAUUUUGGGAAUGAUCUAGACAGGGCAUCAUUCCAAUCUGGCAGUACGUUGUUUGCCUUUCAACUGGAACCCAACUUUGCGCAGCAUGGAGAAUACAUAUCCUUGUUGAAAACUGGAAACAUUAGACUCGAGGUUCAGUUUGGAUCAGCUUUAUCGGAACCUAUAAGCUGUAUUGUGCUGAGUACAAGUCCAGGAUAUUUUGAAGUCAAUUUACAGCGAGAUAUAAUUACAGAGUGAUGAACACAUCACAAUUAAUGUGUUGCAUAGACUGUAACCCCUUAUUAAGACAAAAUGUGCUCGGGGUUUAUCCAAGUAAUGCACUUCCGAGUGUUCUAUCCAGAUACCCUUGUGGUUUUAUCGCUAACACGGAUACUGAGUUUAAUGAAGGAAAACAUUGGUGCGCGUUUUAUUUUCCUACGUUUGGUAGAGCAGAGUUUUUUGACAGCUAUGGGAGAUUGCCCAAAUAUAACAGUGUUUACUUUGAAAGAUGGUUGAAUACACACACAACUAGUGUUUGGAUUAAUUCAAAACAAAUACAGAGUGAAAAUAGUAAUGUUUGUGGAUUGUAUUGUUUACAUUUUCUUUAUCAGAGACUGAUUGGAAGAAGCGCCAUGGAUAUUAUUCAAGAUUUUAACGCUACUGAUUUUUGUGUCAAUGAUCAAUAUAUAUUGGAUUAUAUGCUGCAUACAUAUCCUUUUUGUGUAACCAAUGCAAUUGUAUUCAAUCAAUCAUGUAAA